CACUUUCAGGGAUAUUUUGAGGAAAAUGUCCAAAUCUAAAAAUCCAUGUGGUUGGAACAGGGGAGGUCGGAGGGGAGUAACCAUGUCGACUCUCAGCGAAGACGACGAAACCGAAAUCCUCCUGCGGCUUCCCGUGAAAUCUCUGCUCAAGUUCAAGAGCGUGUGCAAGCCAUGGAACUCACUGAUCUCCUCUCCCUAUUUCGCCAAGACCCAUCUUCAGAUUUCCGCUUCUUCCCCAAGAAUCCUCCUCGCCACCAACCCUCCUCUGUCCGUGAGCUGCGAAUCACUCCAUGAUGAUGAUCGUGCCGGCCAUGAAGGUACGCCUCUAACCCAGCUUCGGCCUCCGGUUGAAGCUCCCGACGGAUGUCGCCCCCGCAUCGUCGGAUACUGCGACGGUUUGGUCUGCUUGGAGUACGACGAUCAUCGGAUUGUUGUCCUGUGGAACCCGGCAACAGGGGAGUCUAGAAACAUCCCAAACGCUAGCUGCUCGUAUAACCGACCGACCAUUUGCGGACUUGGCUAUGAUCCAUCGACUGAUGAUUACAAAAUAUUGCGGCACUGUUCCGUUGCGGAUGCGUAUGGGUUUCCAGAAUAUAGCGUGUUCGAUGUUUUCGCGCUGAAGACUGGUUCUUGGAGGAGAGUUCAUGACAAGCAUGAUGAAUUUAACUAUUGGCCGGAAGCUGGGACCUAUGCGAAUGGUUUCCUUCAUUGGCUAGUCGUGGGGAGAGAUCCUUGGGAACACAAGAAGAUUGUUUCGUUCAGCAUGAGCAAAGAGAAGUUUGAGAAUGCGUUGUUGGCGCUGCCGGAGGCCAAUGAAGGUACUGGGUUCAGAGUAUUGGCAGUUGCCGGUGAAUGCCUUCUCAUAUAUAAAAGCAUGGCGGAGGUGGACACUUUUAUGGCAUGGAUGAUGAGCGACUAUGGUGUGAGAUCGUCGUCGUCUUGGAUGGAGUUGUGUAGUGUUACUCUCCCGAAUCAGACAUUAAACACUUACUUCUACAUGAGGCCAUUGUGCUCUACCAGAGCAGGGAAGAUAGCAUUCAGUUCGAUCGGCACAACCCGCUUAUCUAUGAUCCUGAGAAAUGUUAUGACAAAGAGGUUCAUGAUGGAGGAUAAAUUAGACUUUGUAGUGUACGCUGAGAGUUUUGUUUCACCUCAUGGAGCAAAGCUGCAGAAUCAAUAUGUGUCUCGGGUGAAGGAGCCUAUGGAGAGAAGUGACUUCAUUGGUGAUCACUCAGUAUUUAAAGAAGGGGAAACUUCAUAUAAGAAAGCCAACAGCCAUCUUAGCAGUAAAAGGAGAAAAGCUUCCUAGAGGGCUAGUUGUGAUGUGGAUGCCCAGGUCGAUAUAUUGUGAAGUCAAAGGGGUGACUCAGUAACUGCUUUAGGCACUUUGUUCUUCUCUUUUGUGGGUUCCUUCUGGAUUACUUUGUGUGUCUGUGUUUGGUCGGGAUGGCGGACUUGUUUCUUGGUUUACUUGUAUAACAUUUUUGUAACUCCUCUUUCCACAAAUCAAAGCCCUGAUGAAAACCAAUGGUUGUGGAUCCACCAAAAAGCUUCAAGCAUGACUGUAUGAGUAGGUAAGAUGCACUUCAAGUAGAAUUGUUUUCUCAUGUACUUAUCUCCCGCAUCUAUGUACAGCACAGGGGAAAAGAAGCCUCAAUAUUCAUCUUAGCAGUACCAAAGACAUCCUCUGGAAGUCUGACUUGCGGGUCCUUGGUUCUGAGUUUUAACUUAUAAGCAAGAAUAUCAUUAAAGUCAGCAACACAGCCAACCUUUAAUUUGGAUGUGUAGCCAAUUCUGUCUUCAACAUUAAUUGCCUUGAUACCAUGGACCAUCGGUAAUUAUCUAUGACUUGGAGCUCCUUGGUUCUGAUUUUUAACUUACAAGCAAGAAUAUCAUUAAAGUCAGCAAUGCAGCGAACCUUUGAUUUGGAUGUGUGGCUAUUACCGUCUUUGUUGGUAAUUGCCUUGACGCUAUGGACCACCUAUUUCGAAGGAGUUAUUUGGACUGACUCAGGUCCAAGGUCUCUGAGCGAGAAGCCAAACUAAAUGAGUCGAUUAUAAGGGCCAACGGAGGAAUAUCUGUUUGAAAGAUGUUGCCCUGUUGCAUGCUUCUCAAGCGAACGCUCUGUAUUAUAGCUGGACAAAUUGUUUAGUGUUGCCAAUGCGUCAUGGAAAGUACGCCAGAUACAAAUCUGUAGCUUAAGAGCUUCUGUCGAUUAUAGCUGAUUUGUCCUCGUUUGUUUCGAACUGCCGGGAUCCCGAUAAAAAUAGACUUCAUCUCUACCCGGGAGAUUCAGCAAGUGGUGUGUCUUUCAGUAGUUACUGAUGCAAAUCAUUGGAUUGUGGUGCA